AUGGAUGUUCUUACCACCGAAAGUAGUGCUCCCGCCAUCGCCAAACAUAUUUCAGGCAGAUGUAUCACGCCCGCUUCAAAUCUUGAACGAGCAAAGGAUUGGUUGAACGACUGCAUUCGCAAUCAUAAUCACGAUCAGGUUAGAACUGCGACCCGUCCGUCUAGAUUGGUGGCAGUAGGUACUGCAGAUGGGUCUGCGUCUAUAAAGAUCGUGGACGGCUCGGAUCCAGACAAAGGGUACUUAGCAGUCAGCUAUCGCUGGGGAGGCGAGACUUUGCUUACUACAUCCGAAACUUUUGAGCUAUUUCACAUCUCAAUACCUUGGAAACAGCUCCCUCAAACAUUUCAAGAUGCUAUACAUAUCGCACGCGGGCUUGGCAUACGCUAUAUGUGGAUCGACUCCUUGUGUAUCAUUCAAGACAACUUGGCUGAUUGGGAGACCGAGUCCGCUAAGAUGGCAGACAUCUACAAGGGCGCUUUUUUGACUAUUAUGGCUGCCUCUGCAUCAGAUAGUCAGGGAGGCUUCUUUCGAGAUCGUGCCACAGUCAAAGAAAUAGCAGCUUUACCAUACACAAAUGCCAAUGGGGCAUCGGAGUUUAGUGUUUUUGUCCAUGAAACACUUCCAAGCUUUCACAGCUCUACGUUCGCCUCACGGCUGUUCCAGCGUGGCUGGGUAUUUCAAGAGCGACUCAUGUCGAAAAGGAACUUAAUAUUCGGUGAAGACCAAAAAUACUGGGAGUGUAAUGGUAUCGUCCAGUCUGAGUCGAAUAUCCAAAGUCCAAACGACUGGUACUUGAGGCUAUACGCUAAUUUUCGAGUCUUCUGUGAUCCAUUACACAAGACGGAUGGCAUAGAUGGUCAGGUUUCACCGGCGAUCUUGUGGAGAAACGUAGUGGGGCAGUUUUCUGCAUGCGUCUUGACAUACGAAGCAGACAGACUUCCUGCUCUGAGUGGAAUUGCGCGAACAUUUUCACAGCGAUUCGACAGUUCCUAUGCCGCCGGACUGUGGCAAGAUCAAAUGCCCAAAGGCCUUGAGUGGUGUGUCCACUUCCAAGCAUCGAAAGAGACCCAUCAAGGGGUAUACUGCGCCCCAUCGUGGUCCUGGGCAUCAACAAUUGGUGCGGUCACUUUCGUUGAUGGCAUCAAUUUCGAACUGGAAAUUAUAAGCAUCAAUAUAAAACUCGCUGGUCAGGACCCAUAUGGCAGAGUAUGUCCAGGUAGUAGCAUGUGCGCUCGAGGCAGAUUGUGCAGUGGCACCGUGGUCAGAGGAAAACCACAUGAUCCAGCAGUGUGUCUGGAAACUGAACACGGACGCUUCAGAAGUUCACUGUUCCUAGACCGAGACGAUCAGGACCUGCCUCUCGAAGUCGUCUGCUUAGAGGUGUCAUCUGGUGAACUUGGGAAACGAAAUGCGGGUUGUCUCUUGCUAUGCAAAACGGGAGAAGACAAACAUUUUCGAAGGGUGGGUAUAGCUUUCCUUAAGCACGUUCCUCGAGACGAAGAUUACCUAUUUCACGGCAUCGAGAAGCAGGUCGUCAUACUAGUGUAA